GGUAAAAGUUACUAGUAGAGGAAGGAAGCUGUUUGUUGAUCUACUGGAGGUGGCGUCUGGUCUCGGGGCUCAUGAUGGUGCAGCGGGAGACCGGUUAAAGGGGGGGGGGGGGGUCUGUGACAGGGCAGGUUGUUUUGUUUUUUUGGAGAAUGCCACGGCCGGGGCGCUACGCACCCGAGUGACGGAUCAUGGAGUUUCUGAAGAGCCUGGUCCCGGGUGCCAUGUCGGCAGAGGGGCCCGUUGAGCACAGGGGGGGCUUGCCGCGGGAGACGGGUCCACGGCUCCUCCGCAUGAGGCGCCUCAGCCUGCUGGCCAUGGGACAGGCCAUCGAGGAGGUCCCGGCGGAGCCGGUCCGAUGGAACCGAACCGGCGUCAAAGGAAACAUCCGUCAUAUUAGAAACUUCUCCUUUUUCCAUCAUGCUGGUGGUGGCGGGGGGCACGAUGCUUCUGCGCCGGUCAGCAGCGUGAGUAGACGCCGCGCCACCUCCUCGGCGACCCCCCCCUCGUGGGAGAAACCCAGCGUAGCCGCCAUGUCGAGCAUCACCAUCGACCCGGAGCUCAAGCCCGGGGAGUUCGUCAUCAAGAGUCUGUUCGCCGAGUUCGCCGUGCUGGCGGAGAAGAAGAUCGAGAUGGUGAUGGCCGAACCGCUGGAAAAACCUCUGUCCCGAUCCCUGCAGAGAGGAGAAGAUGGACAAUUCGACCAGUUAAUAAGCUCUAUGAGCUCCAUAGCAGAACACUGUUUGCCCUCCCUGCUGCGCACGCUGUUCGACUGGUACCGGCGGCAGAGCGGCACCGAAGACGAGUCGUACGAGUACCGGCCUCGCUCCAGCACCAAGUCCAAAGGGGACGAGCAGCACCGGGAUAAAGAUUACCUCCUGGAGCGGAGGGACUUGUCCAUAGAUUUCAUUUUUUGUUUGGUUUCGGUGGAGGUUCUGAAGCAGAUUCCUCUUCAUCCAGUGCCAGAUGUUCUAGUACACGAAGUCCUCAACCUGGCCUUCAAGCACUUUAAACACAAAGAGGGGUACUGUGGCCCAAACACUGGCAACGUGCACAUCAUCGCAGACCUGUACGCCGAGGUCAUCGGGGUCCUCACACACUCAAAGUUUCAGGCGGUGAGGAAGAAGUUCAUCACGGAGCUGAAGGAGCUGCGGCUGAAGGAGCAGAGUCCCUACGUGGUGCAGAGCGUCAUCAGCCUCAUCAUGGGCAUGAAGUUCUUCCGCGUCAAAAUGUACCCGGUGGAGGAUUUUGAGGCUUCUUUUCAGUUCAUGCAGGAGUGCGCCCAGUACUUCCUGGAGGUCAAGGACAAGGACAUAAAGCACGCGCUGGCCGGCCUCUUUGUGGAGAUCCUCAUCCCCGUCGCCGCCGCGGUGAAGAACGAAGUCAACGUGCCGUGCCUGAAGAACUUUGUGGAGAUGUUGUACCAGACAACGUUUGAACUGAGCUCCAGAAAGAAGCACUCCUUGGCUCUGUAUCCUCUGGUGACCUGCCUGCUGUGUGUCAGUCAGAAGCAGUUCUUCCUCAACAACUGGCACAUCUUCCUCCAGAACUGCCUCUCGCACCUGAAGAACAAGGACCCCAAGAUGUCUCGCGUGGCUCUGGAGUCUCUGUACAGGCUGCUGUGGGUCUACAUCAUCCGGAUCAAGUGCGAGAGCAACACUGUCACCCAGAGUCGACUACUCGGCAUCGUUUCAGCACUUUUCCCCAAAGGCUCUCGCAGCGUGGUCCCCAGGGACACGCCGCUCAACAUCUUCGUCAAGAUCAUCCAGUUCAUAGCUCAGGAAAGACUGGACUUUGCAAUGAAGGAGAUCAUCUACGACCUCCUGUGUGUGGGCAAGUCUCACAAGACCUUCGCCAUCAAUCCGGAGAGGAUGAACAUCGGCCUGCGAGCCUUCCUAGUGAUCGCCGACAGCCUCCAGCAGAAAGACGGGGAGCCUCCGAUGCCCACGACCGGGAUCAUCAUGCCCUCCGGCAACACCCUGCGCGUCAAGAAGAUCUUCCUCAACACCACGCUCACCGACGAAGAGGCCAAGGGCAUCGGCAUGUCGCUGUACUACCCUCAAGUGAGAAAGGCCUUGGAUAACAUCCUGCGCCACCUGGACAAGGAGGUGGGACGCUCCAUGAGCAUGACCAACGUGCAGAUGUCCAACAAGGAGCCCGAGGACAUGAUAACGGGGGAGCGGAAGCCCAAGAUCGAUCUGUUCCGCACGUGUGUGGCCGCCAUCCCGAGGCUCAUCCCAGACGGCAUGAGCAGACUAGACCUGAUAGAGCUUCUGGCCAAGCUCACCAUCCACAUGGACGAGGAGCUGCGUGGCCUCGCCUUCACGACGCUCCAGGCCCUGAUGGUGGAUUUCCCGGAGUGGCGCGAGGACGUCCUCUCGGGGUUUGCGUACUUCAUCGUUCGGGAGGUGACGGACGUCCACCCCACGUUGUUGGACAACGCCGUCAAGAUGCUGCUGCAGCUGCUCAGCCAAUGGAGGCAGGCGGUGCAGAGCAGCAACAAGGGCCACGAGGCCAAGGGCUCCGGCGGCGGCCGCUCUCUGUCCCUGGAGCGCACCCCUCUGCUGGGGGUGCUGCACGUGGUGGAGGGUCUGGCUCUGGUGGUGCUCUGCAGCUGCCGCCCCGCCACACGCCGGCUGGCCGUCAACGUCCUCAAGGAGGUCCGUGCGCUGCACACAGCACUGGGCAUCUGCAAGGGGGAUGAGGAAUUGGCCAUCGACGUAAUGGACAGAUUAAGUGCGUCUGUGCUGGAGAGUUUUAUUCAUCUCACGGGAGCAGACCAGACCAACCUGCUGUACUGUCCCAGCGGCAUCGAUCUGCAGACGCUGGCGGAGUGGAGCUCGUCUCCCAUCAGCCACCAGUUUGACGUGGUGAGCCCCUCGCACAUCUGGGUGUUUGCCCACGUCACCCAGGGACAGGACCCCUGGGUCAUCAGCUUCUCCAGCUACCUGCGGCUGGAGAACCUGCCCAAACAUUGCCCCACCGCCCUCAACUACGCCUGGAUGUUCGCCUACACGCGCCUGCAGCUUCUGUCUCCGCAAGUCGACGUCAACAGCCCCAUCAACGCCAAGAAACUGAACAGUCUGAACAGCAGCGACUCCUACGUGGGCCUCUGGAGGAACUACCUGAUUCUGUGCUGCAGCUCCGCCUCCUCCUCCCCCUCCAUGUCCUCGUCGUCCUCCACCUCCGGCUCCGUCCGCUGCUCCCCGCCUGAGACGCUGGCGUCCACGCCGGACAGCGGCUACUCUUACGACUCAAAGAUUGUUGGUACUCCGUCCCCCUCCUCCCUCUUCAAACACAUCGUUCCCAUGAUGCGCUCGGAGAGCAUGGACAUCACGGAGUCUCUGGUGUUGGGGCUUGGCAGGACCAACCCUGUGGCCUUCAGAGAGCUGAUAGAGGAGCUCAACCCCAUUAUAAAAGAAGCUCUGGAGAGGAGACCUGAGAACAUGAAGCGGCGCAGGCGCCGGGACAUCCUCAGGGUCCAGCUGGUCCGGAUAUUUGAGCUGCUGGCCGACGCCGGCGUCAUCAGUCAGAUGACCAGCGGAGGGCUGGACGGGGAGAGCCACUCUCUGAACAGCACGCUGCUGGAGUACGUGGAUCUCACCAGGCAGCUGCUGGAGGCCGAGAACGACAAGGACUCGGACACGCUGAAGGACAUCCGCUGCCACUUCAGCGCGCUGGUGGCCAACAUCAUCCAGAACGUUCCAGUGCACCAGAGGAGGACCAUCUUCCCCCAGCAGUCGCUGAGACACAGCCUCUUCAUGCUGUUCAGUCACUGGGCCGGCCCCUUCAGCAUCAUGUUCACCCCCCUGGACCGCUACAGCGACCGGAACAUGCAGAUCAACCGCCACCAGUACUGCGCUCUGAAGGCCAUGUCGGCGGUGUUGUGCUGCGGCCCCGUGGCCGACAACGUGGGCCUCUCCUCCGACGGAUACCUCUACAAGUGGCUGGACAACAUCCUGGACUCCCAGGACAAGAAGGUCCACCAGCUGGGCUGCGAGGCCGUGAUGUUGCUUCUGGAGCUGAACCCGGACCAGAGCAACCUCAUGUUCUGGGCCGUGGACCGCUGCUACACGGGCUCUCGCCGCGUGGCGGCCGGCUGCUUCAGGGCCAUCGCCAACGUCUUCCACAACAGGGAUUACCAGUUUGACACUGUGGUGCUGCUGAACCUGAUUCUGUUCAAGGCGGCGGAUUCUUCCAGGGAGAUCUACGAGGUGGCCAUGCAGCUGCUACAGAUCCUGGAGCCAAAGCUGUUUCGUUACGCCCACAAGCUGGAGAUCCAGCGGACGGACGGCAUCUUGACUCCUCCUUCGGCGCUGCCUCACCUCUACUCCGUGUCUUACUACCAGCUGUCCGAGGAGCUGGCCAGGACCUACCCGGAGCUCACUCUGCCCAUCUUCUCAGAGGUGAGCCAGCGGAUCCAGACGGCGCACCCCGGCGGGCGGCAGGUCAUGCUGCACUACCUCCUGCCGUGGAUGAACAACGUGGAGCUGGUCGAUUUGAAACCGGCCACGCGGCGACCAGAUGACGGCGGCGGCGAGGAGGACGUGGAGGAGGAGGAAGAGGCGGCGGUGCGCGAGCGUGAAGCCGCGAUGGUCAACAGCCGGCGCUGGCUCCGCGGGGAGGGGUGGGGCUCCCCCCGCGCCACAACCAUGGUGCUCAACAACCUCAUGUUCAUGACCGCCAAGUACGGAGACGAGUUCGCCUGGUCGGAGAUGGAGAACGUUUGGACUACGCUGGCGGACAGCUGGCCCAAGAACCUCAGAAUCAUCCUGCACUUCCUCAUCGGCAUGUCGGGGGUCAGCAGCGAGCCCAGCCUCCUGCCCUACGUGAAACGAGUGGUGGUCUAUCUGGGCAGAGAUAAGACCAUGCAGCUGCUGGAGGAGCUGAUGUGCGAGCUCGAGUUGACGGACCCGGUCUGCUCUGCCGUCACUCACAUGGACAACCCCCCUUACUACCGCAUCACCUCCAGCCACAAGAUCCCCUCCGUCACCUCCGGAACAACCUCCAGCACCAACACCAUGGUGGCAGGAAACGAUGGUCACCACCACGACGGCAAGGUCAAGGACUCCAACAUGGAGGACAGCUACACCCACCUGGACAUCUACAGCGGCCUGAACAGCAACCUCAACCGCCAGCACCACCGCCUCGAGUCCCGGUACAGCAGCAGCUCCGGAGGCUCCUACGAGGAGGAGAAGAGUGACUCCAUGCCGCUUUACGCCAACUGGCGUCUGAAAGUGAUGGAUCACAACCGGCCGGAGCCGCUGCCCUUCCCCCCCACGGGUGGCUGCUGGUCCCCCCUCGUGGACUUCCUGCCGGAGACCAACUCCCCCGGCGUGCCGCUCCACCGAUGUAACAUCGCGGUGAUCCUCCUCACCGACCUGAUCGUGGACCACGGGGUCAAAGUGGAGUGGAGUGCCUACCUGCACCUCCUGCUGCACGCCAUCUUCAUCGGGUUCGACCACCAGCACCCGGAGGUGUACGAGCACUGCAAGCGUCUGCUGCUCCACCUGCUGGUGGUGCAGGGAGCCAACAGCAGCGUUCAGUCGGUGGCCAUGGUGCUGCUACGCAACCGGGACUACAACGAGCCGAGGGUCCUGACUGUGAAGCCGGUCGCUCCGGAGAUCAACCUCACAGGAGUGCAGCAGCUGCUGUCGGACUGUCAGCCGUCCCCGAUGACCGACUCCGGCCUCAGCUCCUGCUCCACCUCCUCCAGCAUGAGUCUGGGUGCGGGCGGAGCCGCCCUCCCCCACCUCUCGCCCACGCUCCUCAGCGAGGUGGAUGCGCCCCCCGAGCAGGACGAGAAGGUCAGGUGUCUCAUCGAGUUCAUCACCUCGAGGAAGCGAGGCCCGCUGUGGAACCACGAGGACGUGUCGCCCAAGAACCCGAACAUCAAGAGCGCCGAGCAGCUGAGCGUCUUCGUCCGCCACGUGGUGACCGUCUUCAAGCACUCGCCCUCAGGUUUCCAGCUGGAGUCGCUGCUGAGCGAAGCGGCCCUGCAGACGGCGCUGUCCUGCUCCUCUCGCCACUACGCCGGCCGCUCCUUCCAGAUCUUCCGGGCGCUGAAGCAGCCGCUGAGCCUGGCCACGCUGUCGGACGUCCUCUCGCGGCUGGUGGAGACCGUGGGGGACCCGGGGGAGGAGGCGCAGGGUUUCGUGAUUGAACUUCUCUUGACUCUGGAGUCGGGCAUCGACACGCUGGCCGACACGGUGAAGAGCUACGACCUGCUGACCGCCAUGGCACAGACCCCCCCCCGGGAUCACCUGCUGGGGCCGAAGUUCGCGGCCAACAGGAAAAGCACCGGCCAGCUGAACGUGAGCGGCGCCGGCCUCUCCCACUACGCUCACGCCCGCAGCAACUCCCUCCGCGCCAGCCUAGUGGGCGAGCGGAAGGCCGACCGGCGCCGCAGCAACACGCUGGACGUGGCCGACCGGCUGGGCGGCAGCCACGGCAACCUGGCGCGCACCCGGAGCUUAUCGUCGCUCGGCGGCGCCGGGGGUCCAGGCGGGGAAGCCAUCCCCCCCGUGGACCCGUCCAACCUGAUGGCCACCGUGUUCUGGAUCGCCGCGUCGCUGCUGGAGUCGGACUACGAGUUCGAGUACCUGCUGGCGCUGCGGCUGCUCAACAAGCUGCUGGGUCAGCUGCCGCUGGAGCGCGCCGACAGCCGGGAGCGGCUGGAGAACGUCCAGGCCAAGCUGAAGUGGUACAGCUUCCCCGGGCUGCUGCAGCUCUUCCUGAAGGGCUUCACCUCCGCCUCCACCCAGGAGCUCACCAUCCACCUGCUGAGCAAGCUCAUCAGCGUCUCCAGGCAGACGCUGGUGGACCCGUCAAAGGUGGCAGGGUUCCCCCUGAACAUCCUGUGCCUCCUGCCGCACCUCAUCCAGCACUUCGACAGCCCGACGGCGUUCUGCAAGGAGACGGCCGACAAGAUCGCCAAGCUGUGCGCCGAGGAGAAGUCGGCCACGCUCUCCAACCUGGCGCACAUGAUGAGCCUGUACAGCACGCACAGCUACUCCCGCGACUGCACCAACUGGAUCAACGUGGUGUGCCGCUACCUCCACGACGCCUUCGCCGAGAUCACCCUGAACCUGGUCACGUACCUGGCCGAGCUGCUUGAGAAGGGCCUUCCCAGCAUGCAGCAGUCCUUGCUGCAGAUCAUUCACAGCCUGCUGAGUCACGUCGACCUGUCGGCGGCCCCCGUCAAACAGUUCAACCUGGAGAUCAUGAAGAUCAUCGGCAAAUAUGUCCAGAGCCCCCACUGGAAGGAGGCUCAGAACAUCCUGAAGCUGGUGGUGUCCCGCUCAGCCAGCCUCGUCGUCCCCGACGACGCGCAGCGCUCCUACAGCACCGAGUCCUGCGGAUCCCCGGAAAUCGCCUUCACGCGCAUCUUCAACAACUCUUCCAAGGAGCUGCCCGGCAAAACGCUGGACUUCCACUUCGACAUCUCGGAGACGCCGAUCAUAGGGCACAAGUACGGCGACCAGCGCGCCGCGGCCGGGCGGAACGGAAAGCCGCAGGUCAUAGCCGUCACCAGGAGCACCUCCUCCACCUCCUCCGGCUCCAACUCCAACGGUCUGGUGCCAGUGAGCUGGAAGAGGCCUCAGCUCUCCCAGAGGAGAACCAGAGAGAGGCUGAUGAACGUCCUUUCUCUGUGCGGGCCGGAGUCCGGCGUUCCCAAAAACCCAUCUGUGGUGUUCUCCUCCAACGAGGACCUGGACUCGGCGGACCAGCAGACCAGUCUCAUCCCCACGGUGGAGGAGGUGGUCAGAGAGGAGGAGCUGCAGGGAGAAGACACGGGCAGCGAGCAGCAGUUCGGUGUCUUCAAGGACUUUGACUUUUUAGACGUGGAGCUGGAGGACGCUGAGGGCGAGAGCAUGGAUAACUUCAACUGGGGGGUGCGGCGGCGCUCGCUGGAGAGCAUGGACAAAGGGGACACGCCGACUCUGCAGGAGUGCCAGUUCGCCGGCAGCACGCCGAGCCUCAACCUCACCAACCACGAGGACACGGACGAGUCGUCGGAGGAGGAGGUACUGAGCGCUAGCCAGAUUCUCACCCGCUCUGGCCUCCUCAACAGCGACUCGGCCACCGACGACACGGCCUUCUACCCAGGUGGACUCCUCCGUCCAGCGCGCUGCCGAACGAGGCCCCCGCCCUUGCCCUCCCCCCCCUCUCUCACGCGCGACAACGUCAGCGGGACGGCGGCGGACGAGCUGAGCAGCAGCGUGAGCGAGGACACGGGGUUCUGCAGCGCCCCCCCUCUGCCCUCUGACCCCUCGGAGCUGUGUGAGCCACAGGACCCCCAGGAAGACCUGGACCCGGCCCCCCCUCCCCCACGGGCCACAGACACUCCCCGGGGUCCCUUUGCGGAGAAGAGUUCCAGAGGGGGCCUUUUCCCAGCCGCCAGAGAUAAAGCCGGACCCGGACCCCCCGGGGUUUCCGGUGGGGAGAGAGACCCCACCCAGGCCCUGAGGGAGCUGGACAAGCGCUGCGAAGAAGAGAAGCCGAUUUUUCCAGCAUUCAGGAUGAAGGGGACGCAGACUGCUUCCCUGAGAUCCAGGCCUCUCCCCCCCCCUCGCCCUUCCUCUCCGCCAUCCUGGCAGCAUUCCAGCCCGUCGCCUACGACGACGAGGAGGACGCCUGGCGUUGCCACGUCAACCACAUGCUGUGAGACACGGACGGCUCCUCGGCCGUCUACACCUUCCACGUGUUCUCCAGGGCUCUUCCAGAACAUUCAGAGGAAGUUCGGCUCCAUCACGCACGCGUCCGUCCGCUUCCUCGGCGAGCGGCUGCAGCGAAUGGGCAACCAGUUCCUCAGCUCGCUGGAGGUCAUGACGUCGCGCUCGCAGUGUCCCACCGUGCUGCUGGACGCAGAGACGCUCGUCUCUUGUGGACUCUUGGAGACUCUGAAGUUUAGUGUGCUGGAGCUGCAGGAACAUCUGGACACCUACAACGCCAAGAGGGAGGCAGCCGAAGCUUGGCUGGAGAACUGCAGGAAAACAUUUGGGGACAAAGAUGGCGGCCAAGGACCCAACACUCACGCACAGCAAAUGGAAACUCUAGCAGAGCUGGAGUUGUGCCGGCGGCUCUACAAGCUGCACUUCCAGCUGCUGCUGCUCUUCCAGGCCUACUGCAAGCUGAUCAGCAGGGUGGACACCAUGAAGAGGGAGGCGGAGGUGACCAACAUGUCCGAGGAGCUCACCGUCCUCGAGAGCUGUCUGAAGGACGCGGAGACGGGAAGUGACGGCCCGGAGGACGUGUGCAUGACGGAGUCGCCUCAGACCAACACCGAGACGGCCAUCCAGUCCCUCAUCGAGACGCUGAGAGCCAGAGACUUUGGCUCCGCCCUCUCCCAGGUCAAAGUCUUCAGGUCCCUGUGGCCCAGCGACAUCUUCGGCAGCGAGGCGGACGACGCCGUGCAGACCCUCCUGCACAUCUACUUCCGCCACCAGACGCUGGGCCAGACGGGCUGCCUCGCCGUGGUCGGGCCGAGCCGGGACCUCAGCCCGGCCAGCGCCCGCCUCACCGAGCUCAACCUGCAGAUCCGCGAGGCGCUGGGCCGGGCGCAGGCCGUCCAGGCCCUCGGGGUCAGCACCGGACUGUGACACCCCCCCCCCCCCCCCCCCCAUCGCUCUACACAGACCUCACCUCAGCUGUAGAGAGACUCCACCUAUAAAGGGCUAACGGAUGAGUGGGAAUAACUGACUCCUUAUUUAUACAUCUACAUGCUAUAGAUCUAUAGAUGUCCAUAUCUAUAGAUCUAUGUGCAUAUAGAUGUGUUGCGCGUAUGAAUGCUUCGGGCUGACGUCUUUUCCCGGACGAAGCCGACCUGCAGAAUUCAGUUGCAAUAAAGUCGUGUGGUGUUUUUUUUUUUUUUCUGGGAAGAAAAGCGCUGACUUCUGUUUAGCUUCAGGGUUUCUUUGCCGGAUGGAACCUGACGGCUCCUCCUCCAGAGGGGGGGGGCGCCGGGGGGGUCAUGGGAGCAUGGGGAGCGUGUGUGCGUGUGUGCGCGUGUGUGUGUGUGUGUGUGAUGACACGCCGGCAAGAUUCAUACGCAGAACACGGGAGAGAGAAUAAAACACCUUGUUUAAAACGUUUUCAAACGCAUGCUUGAAAGAGGAAAAAAAAAAAGCACUGCGAGAAUAUUUUCUUGAGAAAUGUAUUUUUUAUUAGAGCUAACAUCCUAGGUUGUAAAAUGUUAGGAUAUUUAACAUUGUAGCCCUGUGGGAGACGUUCUGCCUUUCAGGGAGUGUAAAAAGAGAAAUCUAUAUAUAUAUAUCGGUUUAUUGAUCUGCUCUGAGAGGAUCGGUCUCCGCUUUAACCAAAUAAGUAGCUUUCUUUAGAGACUCUACGUGCAUAUCGACCUUAUGGAAACAUAACUUAUUUUACUCUGUAUAUAUUUUAGAGAAAGUGUAAAACCAGUAUUUUUCUCCCCUUGUGAUGCACUGUUGAUCCGGCAGGAAGUGACGAGUGUUCAUCCGCCCCUCAGGCGAUUGUUUGGGGGGUCUGAUGACGCCCCCCCGCCUCCCGCUCUGAUCCAAACCAGUCAUAUGCAUUCCUUCUCCUCCACUGUGAUCGGCCCGCCGAAACCCUCUGACUUCUUUUUUUUUAAUCACGUUGCUAAGCAACCCCCCCUCAUCCUGUUACGUUUUAUUUUUCCUGGAGGGAGAAACAGUCGAAGCUGCGCUUUGCUGGGAGAUCCGGUCUCGGCACAUUGUAACACGUCACUGUACUCAUUCCUCCUGCUUGUCUGGUACAUUUGAAUGCUGUUAUUUAAUUAUUUUCCUGGAAGAUGUUUUAAUGUGGAGGUGCAUUAUACCUUUUUUUUCUUUACUCACAUACCAGCCUUCUCUCUGGAUAAAUAAACUAAUCAUACAGCUGUGGA